AUGAUCCUUAAUUACCGGAACGAAAGCUUCGAUUUGGAAGACGCCUCCGAUCAACAUCAACAAUAUAUGGAAGAGGAGGUCGGUUUAUUACACGAAACAAACAGCCACACUCAAAGCAUCUCCCACAGCCUUUCAGAACAUCGGGAAAUGCACCACCAUCACAAACGCCCAGGACCUUGGACCCUGAGAACAACCAUAACCACACUUCUCCUCCUCCUCUUCACCCUCAUUUUCAUCAUUUUCCUACCCAUUAGAACCUACCAUCACCUCUCACCGGGAAAAAUCCGUCCAGAAACCGACUACAUCCUCAAUCCCACCUGGUCCACCUCCGCACCUCCAACAACCCGCACCUACAAGUUCCACAUCGCCCAGCAUGAGCUUUCCCCGGAUGGCGUCCCACGCCCUAUGCUCCUAAUCAACAGCACCUUCCCCGGCCCACUCCUCGAACUAAACACCCACGACAUCCUAGCCGUACGUGUCAUCAACGCCUCCCCCAAUGCGACAUCAAUCCACUGGCACGGCAUAUUUCAAAAUGGUUCAAAUUGGAUGGACGGUACAACAGGCGUAACGAACUGUCCAACCGCCCCGGGUCAAGAAUUCACGUAUCGAUUCAGUGUAUCCGGGCAAACAGGGACAUACUGGUACCAUUCAUACGUAGAGAUGCAGGCCAGUGACGGGCUAGUCGGACCUUUGAUAAUCCACGCUCGAAGCAAGGAGGGCGAGGACAGAUUGCAGAAGGUGCCAUACAAACAGGACAGAGUCCUCCUAGUAUCUGACCACUACUACACACCGUCAUCCUCCCCCCUGCGCACCUACCUCUCCCCCGGCACCGAAAACGCCGAACCCGUUCCCCCCACCGCCCUGAUAAAUGGCCGUAAUGUUCGAAACUGCAGUACUCUUUCCCACCGCCAUCGCGCCUCCUGCUCUUCCUCCCACCUUUCCCUCGCGCGGUUUACCCUGGAUUCAGAGUCCAAUACGCGUCUGCGCAUUAUCAAUGUGGGCGUGUUUGCGGAAUUUGCACUGCAGAUUGAUGAACAUGAGGUGCAGGUUGUGGAGGUUGAUGGCACCGAUGUGGUGCCGGUGGGCGUUCAUAGGGUAAAUAUCGCGCCGGCGCAGAGGUAUAGCGUUGUUUUGACGCCGCCUGAAAAGGGGGAUAGAGUGUUGUAUUGGAUGAGGGCGAGGGUGUUUACGCAUUCUUUUGCGUAUGAGGAGGCUGAGUUACAGGAGGAGGUUAGGGGGGUGGUGGAGUAUCGGCAGGGUUUUGACGGUGGUGGUGAAGGUGAUAUACCGGAAAGCAGAGAUUGGUCCGACAUCAUCGAUGUGGAGUGUAAGGAUCUCAACACUUCAACUUUGGUCCCCGUGGCAGCUAUUCCAGCGCCGGAAAUCGAUCCUCGGUAUGCGAUUUACUUGCGGUCGAGCUUUCAGAGUCGCGAUUGGAGAUUGAGUCGGGGGUAUUUCAAUGAUAGUUCUUUUCGGAGGAAUGCUACGAGGCCUAUAUUACAAACAAUGUUGGACUCCACUGGUGCGAUGCAGGAAAAUAUCACGGAAGGCUUCGUGGACGAGGAGCGUAUUAGGCCUGAACAAGCUCUUGUAUAUAGGACGACGGGAACGCGUACAAUUACGAUCUUGAUUCAAAACUUCGAUGAUGGAGCGCAUCCCAUGCAUUUGCAUGGGUACAAGUUUUUCAUCCUGGGAAGUGGACAUGGGUAUCCGCCUAUGUCUCUUUUAUAA